AUGACAAUGUCUACACCCACUCUACAACAAGCCGCCGUGGUGCAAAACCCGGGAGAAAAUGCCAUCAUUGCUCUUAAAAAUGACAUACCCGUCGCAAGUCCCGCAAAAAAUGAAGUUCUCAUCAAAUUAACCUGCACCGGUCUAUGCCGCUCAGAACUUCGCGCUGUCCUAGCCUGGGGUGAAUACAACCCCAUCAUUGGCCACGAAGGAGUUGGAACUAUAGUGAAAGCAGGACCCCAAGUCUCGGAAUCUCUUCUCGGUGAACGGGUGGGGGUCAAAUGGCUCUAUAGUGCAUGCAACGAAUGCUCAGUCUGCAAACGAGGAUUUCGGAAUCACUGUCCGCAACAGCUGAAUACAAGUCGCCAUGUCCCGGGAACAUUGCAACAGUAUGUCAUCGCCGACGCACGGUUCCUGACCAAGAUCCCAGAGGACGUGGCCGAUGAAGUUGCCGCGCCAUUACUAUGCGCUGGACUUACGAUGAUUGGUGCGCUGUCAAAACUUGAUAACGAGCUCCAGGCUGGUGACUUUGUUGUUAUUUCGGGGUCUGGGGGAGGUUUGGGCCAUAUUGGUGUGCAAAUUGCGGCGAGGAUAAAAGAAUUGCGCGUCAUUGCUGUUGAUAGUGGGUAUGAUAAGAGAGCACUAAGUCUGGAGUCUGGGGCGGAGGCUUUCCUCGAUUACAAGACUGAAGAUGUGAUUGCUCGAGUGCGUGAGCUCACUGGAGAGGGUGCGCAUGCGACAAUCGUCGUGCCGGGUACGGCGGAGGCAUUGAAGAUAGCACCCAAUCUGGUGAGAAACAUGGGGUUUGUUGUGAAUGUUGGCUUGCCACCAAAUAACUUGGACAUUCCCCUCUCGGCUACGCUUUGUACCGCGAGAGGUCUCACCUUUAUAGGGUCAUCUGUGGGCACCGAAGACCAAUUGACAGACUUACUACAAGCGGCAGCUGCAGGCAAGAUUGUGCCGUCGAUCGAAGUCUUUGAUUUCUCAGCUGUGCCGGCUUUGAUAGAGAAGCUAGGGCAGGAUGCUAUCACAGGAAGAGCAGUGGUCACAUUGCCGCAGUAA